GCGUGCGGCCAGACCGGUCGGUGCUGUCGCGCAGGCAGUCACACAUCGUAGCAGCGUGCCAAAGGCUGGAGUUGCUUUUCUUUCACCAAGUCUCUCACAUCGCCGCCUGCGCUAACCGCUUACAGACAAAAGCCGGAGAGAGAGAGAACAGUGGGUAUCCCAACUUCACGGCCUUGUUGUCACCAAAAGUACCUGAGAGGCUUUUGUCUUACGGCGUGAAGCCAGCGGGGUGUGCAUGAGCGUGCGCCAACGGCGCCCGGUGUGUGUUGCUGCCUUGUCUUGCUUGCUAGCCGCCAAUACUGACAAGUGUGCACAUCGAGAGGGCGGGUACGCUUCUUUGCUCUCAGGCUCCUCCCGCGCUCCACACGCAAGAGAGUUUGGCGUCGAGGCUUGCCACCCCCAGCAACGCAAGUCUUCAGCGGUGGGGUGGGGUGGGGGGAGCUCGCUGGCGCUGCUUACCCAAGUGUGACCAGGCGGGCCCAAACCGGGGGGAGGGGGGACCGGCAAAAGUCGGCGGGAAAAGGGAGGCAAGUACGCGUGGAGGUUGAGGUGCUUGGCCACCUGAGCUCUCCCCCCACUUUUUUUUUUUUUCGUCCUGGCCAUCAAGUCCAGUAACCGGCCUGCAAGUGGACGCGCAGCAUGUACGUAUGUUGGUACAACUACGGAGGACAACCAGCCGUUGCUGUGCCGCAGUCCCUCGCCGCUGCUCCUGUUCCACCACUCGUCCCACAGCCUGUCCCCGCACUGCAUCACCAGGCACCCGCCGAGUACCUGAUACCCGUCUCGCCACAGACUGUUCUUACACACCUUGGUGUACCUCGUAAGAGAGGAUCAGAGGAACUGAUGUCGCACGGUGCUAUGGUAACCAAUGGCACAGGCCUGAGUCCACAGCUACAGGGAGAGAUGAACGACGCUAAGAAGGUUAAACUUGAUUCUGGGGCAAACCCCCCAUCACGUGUGGUCCACAUUCGAAGUCUUCCACACGAGGCUGCUGAGACUGACAUUGUACAGCUGGGCAUGCCCUUUGGCAAGAUGACCAAUGUUCUGGUCCUCAAACAAAAGAACCAGGCAUUCCUUGAGUUCCAAGAUGAAUCUGCAGCAAUCAACAUGGUAUCAUAUUACCAGACUAAUCCUGCCCAAGUUCGCCUGAAGCCUUGCUAUGUGCAGUUCUCCAACCAUAAGGAGCUCAAAACAGAUGCUUCUCACUCUUUCCAGAAUGCCAAUGCACAGGCAGCUCUGCAGGCAGCACAGGCGGUGAUGGUCAGUGGAAAUGCUGAUGAGCAGACGACAAUUCUGCGAGUUAUUGUAGACAAUGUCCUGUAUCCUGUCACCUUGGAGGUCCUUCAUCAGCUGUUUUCACGAUUUGGCAAAGUAUUAAAAAUCAUCACUUUCACCAAAAACAAUACAUUUCAAGCUCUUAUCCAGUUCUCUGAUCCCAUUUCUGCUACAACAGCAAAAGCGUCACUGGAUGGCCAGAACAUAUACAAUGGCUGCAACACCCUGAAAAUUGAUUACUCCAAGCUGACCAACCUGAAUGUCAAGUACAACAAUGACAAAAGUCGAGACUUCACCCGCCCUGACUUGCCAUCUGGGGAUCCCGCUCUAGAUCAGCUGCAGAUGGGAGGUGCCCCCGGGAUGGUGACGUCCCCUUUCACAGCUGUGCCAGGCUUUGGAGCGGCUUCACCCACUGCGAUCAGUGCCGCAGUGGCUCAGGGAGCACAUGCCUUUGGCCUGGCAGGUGGGGUGCCUAUGGCAGGAUUUGGCAUGGCCAGUCCUGGAGCCUUUGGGGCAGCUGCUCGUCUGGGCAUGCCUCUUGCCGCGCAGGGUGGCAGCAGUGUUAUUCUUGUGUCAAACCUGGAUGAAGAGAAGGUCACGCCCGAUGCUCUCUUUACCCUUUUUGGUGUGUAUGGGGAUGUGCACCGUGUGAAGAUUCUCUUUAACAAGAAGGAUAAUGCUCUAGUGCAGAUGGCAGAUCCGCAUCAGGCUCAGCUUGCGAUUACGUACUUGGAUAAAGUUCGAGUGUGGGGCAAGAAUAUCCGCGUUGCCCAGUCUCGCCAUGCUGUGGUGCAAAUGCCUAAGGAGGGACAGCCGGAUGCUGGACUGACUAAAGACUUUGUCAACUCGCCACUUCACAGAUUUAAACGUCCUGGCUCCAAGAAUUGUCAGAAUAUUUUCCCUCCAUCUGCAGUCUUGCAUCUGUCCAACAUUCCAGCCAGUGUGACAGAGGAGCAGAUUCAAAGUUGGUUUAGUGAUUAUGGUGCAGUCAGGGCAUUCAAGUUUUUCCAGAAAGAUCGCAAGAUGGCAUUGGUCCAGAUGUCGUCAGUCGAUGAAGCCAUUCAUGCUUUAAUAGGUAUGCACAAUAAGCAAGUUGGAGAGAACAGCCAUCUUCGUGUGUCCUUCUCCAAGUCCACAAUCUAAAGCUCAGACUGUUCCCUUCAGCCAGGACCUAGCAAGCUAGAGAAAACGAGUGUGUGCAAGCCAGGGAAAAAAAAAAUCUUCAUUUUAUACAUACACUGUACUACUCUGUCAGCAUAUUGUAGACCAAUUGCAAAUUAUUACUUUAACUAACCCACCCAGUCCCACCCAAAAUUGUUUAAUUUAAAUAACUCCCCCCUUCCCCCCAGAGAAGUAGUUGGGCUGGAGCACCACUCCACUUGAGGCCACCAGUACAGGGAUUGUGUGGAUUGUGCUGGGCCUCUGUCAGCAGUGCUGGGGUGAACAAACCAACAAGUGCCUUCUGUCCCCAGCUCUGCAGCUGAUGCUCUUGCCAAGACAUGCUGGAGCCUGCACAGUAGCUUUCAUAAUAAUGGUAGUACACAAAAUGGAAAGCUUUUGUUUUUUUUUUUAAAGCGCCCACGUUCCAACCACCUCCUCCUAAGAAGUAAGUUGGUGCACUACCCAUGUGAUGGUCAGAGGACUCAGUUGGCUUGCAGGUCAUCUGUGGGUGUUCUCUCUGGACCAUGUGACUGUGAGGUUGAGCAUCAAAUUGCACUUGGUUUUAGUGAUAAGAAAAAGGUAUGUGCCCAGAUAGCCUUUUGCAAUUUGGUUUACGGGUUUGAGAAUGUUCGGAUUGACUUUCAAAUGAUCCCAUAUUGUGCAAAAGGUAUUUUUUUUAACUUGACAAUUUGGACAUUGGCAACAGUACCAAAUGGGAUUGUGCAUUAUUAGUGCAGACCAUUGUGUUGUUGUGUUUUUUUUUUUUUUGUUUGGUGGGUGGUGGUUCAUAUUUGUAGCCUCAGCACAUGAUGGCUGUUGAGAGGAUAAAUCUCUCUAAAAUGUCAGGCCCCCCCCCCUUUUUUUUUAAAAAGCAGAAACUACAACAGAACUACAAACGAUGUCUUGAUGUCAUCUCCCAGCCUCUCAGGCAGCACAAUGUCCAUGUGGACUCAGAGACUGAUGGAGGUGUCACUGUAUUCCACUAACCCUCAUUAUGCACAUCAGACAGGCUGACGCUGGCCUCCAGCUAUGUUGAACCCAUUCCCCCAUUCUUUUCCAAUACCCGAUGCAGUAUGUCACUGUUCACAAAGUUGGUUUUUUUUUUCACAAGGUUUUUGCAUGGUCAUGAGGGAGGUCAUCUUUUACAGACAAUAUUCAGACUUGAAAAAAGUAAUUUCUUGCCAUAGCUCAGUGGGGAGAAAGCCAGAUGAUGUGGGAAUCCUGUGUCUUGUAGGCAGUCUACACACAGCUGUUAGACAUGGUUAAACAGGCAGUUCCCUGUUAUUUGUAGUAUCCUGAUGGUCAAGAGAUAAGAAAUCCAUUGUGUUGUGUAAGGGUGGAGCUGACAAGUUACUAUAGGUAGGCAAGUCAAUGCAAGGCAUUUGCUGUCUUAUGCCUAGGGCCACAGGGCCACUGGAACUUCACUCCUGUGCCUCCUCCAAGGCUGGAUUGGGUAGGGUGUUGUGGGUUUAAAAAGUGUUUUUGAUAAAAUGGUCAGACAUUUAUGUUGAUUUGUGUCCAUUUGUAAGUUCUAUUUUUGCAUUUCUGGUGUUUAGAAUGGUAACGAGGUGGAUAUAUAUUUUUGCAUUUUUGACAGUCCAGUGUGUGGGGAGGAGAUUUGUGUGUUGAGUUUUUUAACAAGCAGGGUGAAGCUUAUGGCAUUGUUGCUCCCUGAACCAUGUUUCUUAUGCCAGCCUUGAUACCCUGUGUUUGAUACAGUCAUUUGUUGACGUUGCCCAGUGUAAGCAUGUGUUGAGUGUGUAGUAGCUGAACUACCUUCCUGAUGCUGUAGGCUCUCUUUGCCUUUUUAUACUUUUUUUUAAAUGCAUUGACAGUGGUGGUAUGUUCUGUGUCCAUGUCACGGAGGAGGUUUGGCGUACCUGUCUCUGGCAGAAACCACGUUUAUGUAUCAGCUACAUGCAACCCAGCAUUCCUUCCAAGCAUCAUUCAAGUGGUUUGAUCCAUUGGCUGUUCCAGCCACAUCUGUUUCUAUGUGUAGUUUCAUAAUUUAGAACAGCAGCCUGCUCUUAGGAGAAUGCUCCUCUCUUGUGCUGUAACUAGAUGAUGGCUUUCUGCUUUAACACCAGAAUUUCAGUUUCCUGUUUUUGGGGAACCAAGGCAGCGUGCCUAGUUCUCAUCAAUGCUGCUGUGUUUCAAAAUGACAGGCCUUGUGGACAAUCACUGCCUGUUGAUGUUUUCCAGCUGUGAAGGAGCAAACGGGGCGGUGCUGUUUUCCUGUAGCAGGCAGACUGGCUGGCUUUACCUGCUGUGUGGUAAAGUGUCAGAAUUGUAGGCAAAGGGUCCCAUGGCUUGAAACCUCUGUGCAGUUAUGUUCCCACCAACGUGUUUUUGAUCUUAGCUCCACAGCUGUGCAGAUCUUCCUUAGCAUUUUGUGUGAAUUGUAAUCACUUCAGCAGCAGCCACGUCCUUGCAGUCUGGCUCCAAAGUUUGAAGAUACUUCCUCAAGCCAGUACUUUUUAUCAUUUCCCAGCCUUGCUAAGACUCCUCCCUUCCAGUGCCUGCUGUAGAUUUGUUCUGGUGCAUGUAUCAUAGGUGUUAGCCCAGCAAUGUUAAACUUUGCCUUGCCUGCGAGCUUUAGUGAAGCCUGUAGGGCAGAAGUAAGAAGUCAGACAGAAAAGAGCUGCUGGUGGGUGACACAAGAAAACGUUAGCAGUGGCACACUGGCCAAGAAGUGACUAGCUCUUGUCAGGUCAAGGGCAGCUUGCUUCAUGUCUUCAGCUUAAAGGCCGAUGUCUACUGUCCAGACGGAAGCGAAUGGUAUCACCCGUGCGAGGGAAGGUAGGAGUACACGCGGUGCGGACUGCUAGCGGUCAUUCGUCUUAAAUUACUACCCAGACAAAAGGUAGGGUGGACAUCACAGGCACGCCGACAGCACCAUGUACUCCUACCUUCCCUCGCACGGGCGAAACCAUUUUUAAAAAAAACCCACCGGGACAUUGGCCUUUAAGAGGUUUGCUGCAUCAGCCUAUUGAUGAUAAGACAGGAAUGCUGACUCGUGGUCAUGAAAUGCUAGAUGUGGCCUGUCUGGUUCAUGCAGCCAAGGCAUCCUCUUUGUUCAACGUGCCUAAUUGAGGGAACAACUCUUAAAACCAGGCUGUUUUAAAAGUUUUUUUUUUUAAAAAAAAAACCCGACUGAAUCAAUAUUAACAUCUUUUUUUAUUUAUUGGAUGUCACUGCAAAAUCCUCUUUUAGGGAAGCUUUGCAGUUUAUUUACAAAAGAUGCCUCAUUGUUUUAAAGUUUAAAAAAAUGUACCAAUUGAACAGAUUUACAGAAAUUGAAUUGUAUUGCGCAAUCAUAUGAUAUUAAAUACCAUUUUGUAAUAAAACCUUCAGAUGAACUGG